AUGCGAUUGGCACAGUUUGCAUCGUAUUCCUCAGAUAGUCUUAAACUAAAUAUUCGACCUUUUACGUUGCGGUUUUCUACUUCUUAUGAACUGUGGCGAAAUUUGUAUGUUUUACAAGUAGAAUCGAAUGUUGAAGGUUUGCAUUUCUCAGCUCGAUGCUAUUUACAAAUAAUUUUGGGUCAGGUGGAAGCCGUAAUUCGUGGUGGGGAAAACAGGCAAGUCCUACUGAGUAAGGAACUUUGGAUAGACGGCUCCUUGAGCUACGAUUUAUCUAAACGAAAAGAGGAAGUUCAAUUUUCAGCCUAUUACUGGAACUGCUAUUCCCUUGACGACAGUCGAAAUCCAUUUUGCCAUCCAAAUAUAUCGUCUGUUGCUGUGUUUUCUAUUCCCGCCAAUUCUUUCAAAAAUGGCUGCAGAUAUCAAUUCCAUUUGCAAGUGACUAGAGAUACUGAUCCCAAUGUUUCAUCGAAAAAAGUGCAAGUUGUUACCAUGAUCAGCUAUAACAUUCUACAAUUAACGAUAGAAUGUAUUCGAAACUGCCAAAGGGAUUACUUUACCACUAAUUCGAAGGUUCAUCUGAAGUCGAAAUGCACGAAUUGCAGAAAUGAAAAGUUGAGAUACAAAUGGUAUAUCGAUGGCCAGCUAGUACUCACAUCUGAUGAGUUAGUAAUGCGUAUAAGAACGGCAUCCAAUGUGACCCAAAUUAAGCUUCUUGCUUCAUCGGCAGAUGGAAGAUAUGGGCGAAAUUAUAAGACCCUGAUUAAAAAUAGGGGGCCAGUUGGAGGAACAUGUUCGAUAUAUCCAAAAGAAGGACAAGAGGCAGUCACGGCAUUUUAUCCCUGUUGCCGAAACUUCGUUUCUAUGAACAAUCCUAUUGAGUAUUUUUUGUAUGCCGGAUCAAUUCUUAUCAAAAGCUGUAUGGAUUGCAAUUGUGAAGUUUUUCUGCCGAUUAUUAAUUUCAUAAAAGUGCUCGUGUGCGAUGUUUUUUGGGUUUGCCAGACAGUUUGGUUGAAGGUAAAGGUGACUCCCAACAAUAAUAUUCCAAUUUGGCCAUUAAACAUGCUAUACUUUUUGGAAGAAGGUCUAUUGCAUCGGUAUUUACAAGGUUUACAAUCUAUUGCAACUCAUUCACAUAUUAAGGAAUCUCGAAACUUGCUUUUGGGAAAUUUUUCUUCCAUCCAACCUGAAUCGUGGAGCUCCCUCGCAAGAUUAGCAAAUCUUACCCUAACCUUAGCGCAUCGUCUACAUCUUGCAGAUCCAAAAACCAAAGCGAUACUAACAAUAUUGGUUCGCAAAAUAAAUGAUAAUUUUGAGGAAAUAUACCUGAACAAUAACGUGUCUUACCUCACAACAGAACAUUUUAUCAAAAUCACUCUCGACUGUUUAGAGAUCUUGAAUGUUAUGGAAAGUUUGUGUAAAAAGUUUUCGCCGCCACCAUGGCCAAUUUAUGAUCAGUACUAUCAAGCGUUCCUAAAGGGAAAAUUGAAGAAACCGCUUUUUGAAAAAUUGUUCUCUAAAAUUCAAGAGUACGAAUACGAAGAUGAAUGGAAGUUCUGGCUUAACUGCACUUGGGAAUCGUUUCGUCUACAUCAAAACCUAAAGAGUCCUCGCAAUAAUAUCUACCAAUCAAAUCUUCGGGAAGUAAGAAAACGGGGGAAACACCAAUUGGCACUGGAACAUAAAUGCUACGAUACAAUUCCCAGCAAAAUGAUCAAGAUUUUCACACGGGAUGAAAUCCACAUUGUUUUGAUUACGCCAGCCGUAUUUAAGGAUGUUCUGGGAACAGAUCCCAGCAAAGCCUGCUUUAGGAUACUAUCCUUUCAGCGAGACUUGCAUUGGUGGUAUCCGAUCGAGAAGAAACCAAGUUCGCGUCUACUUUCUGUGCGUGUCUUCGAAAGAGAAGAUAACAUCACUACGCACUUUGCGUUGAAGCAUAGUAAAAUCCGCUAUAAAACAUUUCACUCCGGACAUUUCCAUAUUCAUAGUCAUAUGCAACCUGCAGAAGAUCAGUCGGAUUUCAUUAAGCAAUCGGGCGUAUACGUUAAUACAAUGGCCAAGGGAACACUUACAACUUACCGGAAAGUUCGUAUGUACCGCGUAUUGCUAACGCAGACGACAUUGUUGGCUGUUCACUUCACGAAAGCCACCCACAAGCUGCAAGUACUUCUGAAAACCCAUGAAAAGCCUUUGAUGAGCGAAAUUUCCGCAUCGAAGUGCACGGUUCCUGCAUCAACGGACAAUAAAACACUGCUCUUGCGGAACAACUGUCAAUAUGCAAUCCGGGUGUAUAUUGCACUGCGAGUCUUUGCUGAUUAUCCGAUUAGGAAAAGUCCCAAGACUCCGAUUGCCGAUGGACCGGCGGAGUUCGCCUUUGCCUUUCAAAUUCGAAGCUGCAACGUCUGGUCGUACACUUCGCAUCCGGGUGAGCAGAAGUGGCUGCACACCGGCUGCCAUCCCACGAUGACCCUCAGUGUCAAGCACGCAAUUGGCUGCACUUGCACCGUCCUCGGAACCUAUACCAACUACGUGCACUAUGUGCCCGCCAUCGAGGUUCCGGUUGCUGCUUACGAGGAGGCACGGAUCAACUUCCAUAUCGUUUUGUUCUACGCCAUCCUCUUUCCCCUCAUUGUGCUGUGGAUACUUUGGCUGUGGAAGUACCGGAACAGUCUGCCCAGCAAGACCAUUCGGUUUCCGGGCUUCGAAGCGGGGGACCAAUCUUCGGGGGAGCCACAUGACAUCAUAAUAUCCUUGCGAACGGGAGGUCGCUUGAACGCCGGAACCUCGGCGUCGUUAACAGUGGUUUUGUAUGACCAGUUUAAGAAGGAAAGGAAAAUCAAUGUUUUCCAGGACCCGGGGCACACAUUUCUAAAGGAAAAUACCAUGGUUUAUCUUUGGAUCCGAACACGGGACAUCCGCAUACCGACUAGAGUCUUGAUUUACCACAACAACGCGGGAAGAUUCCCCAGUUGGUUUCUUCGCCGAGUGGAAGUGAGCGAUGUUCAGGUCCGAAAGACGCAGGUCUUCAUGGCUCGGAAAUGGGUAAAGCAGAAAAACUUGGCAUUGGCAUCGGAUUUCAUAUAUGGGUAUGGGGAACAGCGAUUAUUGGACAGUUGGAGCAGUCGAUUCAAGAUCAGCUUCGAGAUGCUCUGGAUCAACUGGGCUCUGUGGCAGCCCGUCUCGGGAAAGUGGAGGGAGUCGCCUCAUUUUAGCAGAAUUUCCCGAGCCAAACGUGUUUGCAUUUUCGUCUGCAAGCUGUUGGUUACCUUCACGGUAUGCGCCCUGCACUAUAAGCCGACUACAACCAUUAGUUUACAAAGAAUCCGCGGCAGUUUUUUGUCCUACAAAGACGUGGUGGUAAUAACCAUGAUUUGCUGUUCCCUGGAAAUUGUUAUUUAUGUGAUGUUCGUUUUGGUGAGCUGGAAAUGGGGUUAGAUGGUUUCAAUUUUUAUAAUCAAUCUGCUGUUUAUAUAAAAAC